AUGUCACGUAUGGAAGAGAAGAUUGUUUGGAAAGAUCAAGGAACUGAGAAGUUCCACUUCAAAUCCAAGACAGAAGAGGAUCUCCAAGCAGUACUAAACGAAGCCCCCUUUCACUUUAAGCGGUGGAUGUUUGUGCUUCAGCGCUGGGAACCAGUAAUUUCUGAUGCCUUUCCAUCGACCAUUCCCUUUUGGAUUAUAGUUCAUGGAAUUCCGGCUCAUUGCUCCACCGAGAAUAAUCUUAAAGCAAUUGGUAAUGUGAUGGGAAAGUAUUUGGCUCAUGAUGUCGAUGAAGCAAUGGUCCGUGUUGAAAUCAAUGCUCUGAAGCCCCUGAUUAAGAGGAAGGCGAUUCAAUUCCCUUCAGGUGUAGAGGUUUCUGUAGUAUUUGAAUAUGUCAGAUUGGAGAAACACUGCUUCCUUUGUAUGCCUCUGAGCCACGAAAAAGAAGACUGCCCACACCAGACUAAAAAUCGAGACUCUGAUCUGCAAGGAACCCACAUCAACAGUCAGCAGACUCUUCAGAGACUUGAAGAUGAUAGGCAAAAGAAGGAUGAUCACAGAGGCCGUCCUCAGGCAUCGUGA